AUGUCUAUCCGACAAAUAUCAAUCCUCGCUUUCCUCGCAUAUGCCAACGCCCAUUCCUGGGUUGAACAGCUCACAGUGAUUGCCUCCAAUGGGACAUUUAUCGGAUCUCCAGGGUAUGCACGAGGAAACUACCUUCGGACGACAUCUGGGUUCAGCGACUUGACUAUGACCAACUUGAUACCGCCAAACACCCAGUCAAAUGUUACAGUAAUUUAUCCAACCGCCAAGUUGUGCAAGAGCACACAACAGAUCCAGAAUCAAACAAGUGGGAGUCCUCGAUUGCAAGCUAGCGCUGGCGCUGCGAUUGCACUCAGGUACCAGGAAAAUGGCCACGUCACUCUACCAUGGAACCAACCUGGAAAGCCAGAGAAUCGGGGCUCAGUCUACGUCUAUGGGACAACAGAGCCCAAGGUUGGAGAAAAACUACUGGACGUCCAUGGACAAUGGAAUGCGGAAGGAACGGGCGGAGACAAGCGAGGUGUGCUCUUAUCCAAGCAAAAUUUCGACGACGGCCGCUGCUACCAGAUCAACUCUGGCAACAUCUCCCAGUCUCGCCAGGAGGAAUAUCCACACCAGGCCAAUCAGUUAAUGGGUGCCAACCUCUGGUGUCAACAGGACAUCCAGCUGCCAUCGAACGCCCCGACUGGAAAGCUGUACACCCUUUACUGGGUGUGGGACUGGCCGACUGCGGCGGGGGUCGAUCCCAAUUAUCCCAAUGGCAAGAAAGAGAUCUACACCACCUGCAUGGAUGUGGAUGUGCAGGCCGCAUCCCAGAGUCAGAUGCGAGUGGAUGAUGAGAGUGAUGACUAUGACCUUGGGCAGGAUCUUAAUGAGGCUGCUAUUCCGUCAGAGUUUGCUGAAGUGUUCAGUGAACAGGCUCAGGAAACUGAGACUACUUCAAGUCCCACUGCUACUUCCAGUCCUUCUCCCACUGAAACUUUCUCUGUCAUCAUGGUCACGAUAACUGCGCCAAACCCGGAAAUAUCCACGGGUACUUCAACACUUGAAAAAGAAUCAGUAACUUCAUCUAUUCAGCCUUCAACUUCUCUUCCUACAGUCACUGUGACUAGCUGGGAGACCGUAUUCAGGACCGUGACUGUUGUCAUUGAUCGAUAUCAGACGAUCUCAUUGAAUUAA